GACACGCUAAUAACAUCGCGUGUAAUUCUUAAACACACAUUAUUUAUUCACACUCACACACACUGAGAGAGCGAGACUGUGUUUUUGCAGCAAUGAAUCGGCUGGUGAUGGUGCUGUGCUGUUUUGGAUGCGUGUACCUGUCGGAGGCUCAGUUUCCAAGAGUCUGCUGUACGGUGGAGGGAAUCGUGUCUAAGGAGUGCUGUCCGGCGCUGGGAUCUGAUCCGGCAAACGUCUGCGGGCUGCUGGCGGGACGGGGAAACUGCAGUGACGUUCAUGUGGACAGUAAACCCUGGGGAGGACCGUACAGUCUUAGGAACGUGGACGACAGGGAGAGAUGGCCAACCAAGUUCUUCAACCGGACCUGCCGCUGCUUUGGAAACUUUGCCGGCUAUAACUGUGGCGAGUGCAAGUUCGGCUGGACGGGGCUGAACUGUGACCAGCGUAAAGCUCCGGUGCUGCGGAAAGACAUUCACUCUCUGAGUCCGGAGGAGCUGCAGGAGUUUCUGAACGCUCUGGAUCUCAGCAAAACCACCGUUCAUCCUGAUUAUAUGAUCGCCACACAGCACUGGCUCGGCCUGCUGGGACCCAACGGCACAGAACCACAGUUCAGCAACAUCUCCAUAUACGACUUCUUCGUCUGGCAGCAUUACUACUCCGUCAGAGACACGCUUCUGGGUCCUGGACGUCCUUUUAAAGCCAUUGACUUCUCGCACAAAGGCCCAGCUUUCAUCACCUGGCACAGAUAUCACCUGCUCAGCCUGGAGAGAGAACUACAGAAACUGACGGGCAAUGAGAACUUCGCCGUGCCAUACUGGAACUUUGCGACAGGCCAGUCAGAGUGUGACGUGUGUACAGACUCUCUGCUGGGAGGACGAGACCCCAGUGACCCGUCCCGAAUCAGCCCACGCUCACGCUUCGCUCGCUGGGGAGUCGUGUGUGACAGUCUGGAUGAAUAUAAUCGUCUGGUGACUCUGUGUAACGGCACAAACGAGGGAUCUUUGCGCAGAGGAGCGACGUUGAGCACUAAUGUGACUUUACCUACCAUGAAUGACGUGAGAAGUUGCCUGAACCUCAGAGACUUCGACAGUCCACCAUAUUUCACCAAUUCCACCUUCAGCUUCAGGAAUGCACUGGAGGGGUAUGAUAAGCCUGAUGGUGAGCUGGACACCUCGGUCUCCAAUCUACACAACCUGGUUCAUCAGUUCCUCAAUGGGACUAGUGCACUCUCCCACUCUGCUGCCAAUGACCCAAUAUUUCUGGUGCUCCACGCAUUCACUGACGCCAUAUUUGAUGAAUGGAUGAGACGCUUCCGUGAAAACGAAACUUUCCCGGAUGAAAUGGCUCCAAUUGGACACAACAGGCAUUACAAUAUGGUUCCCUUUUUCCCACCUGUGACCAAUGAGGAGAUUUACAUCGCAUCUGAACAGCUCGGAUAUUCAUACUCCAUCGACCUCGAAGAACUGGACAACAGACCUGCUAUGUUUUUGCUGGGCAGCACACUGGGAGGAAUAUUUCUAGGUCUGCUCCUCCUGUUGAUCGUGUUGGUGUUGUACAUUCAGCAGAGGAGAAAACGCGAGUUUGAGCCACUCCUGAACGCUGAGUUCACAAACACAAAAUACUCAGGGGAGGCAUAACUAACACACACAAACACACUGAAUUUAAAUUCUGUUUAUUUUAAUUAAUAACAAUUGUAAUUUAAUAAAACUGAUUAUUA